CGGGGUCACACAGCAAACCGUGGGAGAGGCUGCUGUAGGAGCCUGUUUCCAACAGUCUCCUGGCUCUGGCCGUCAUACCCCUCCUAUAAGGUCCCUACAGAGGUGUCGGGGACAUUAAAAUAUGUGGAGGAGCAAGGGUUUCCCGGUUCAGGGAAGGGUACCGCUGUCGCCAGACCGGAGACGUUCCCUCCUGGGAGUGGGGAUCCCGGCUGAGCGCGCCGGGAGCUCGCUCUGGUAGCCAGUCCUGGGACCUGAAAGUGUUCAUCCCACGUGGACUUUUUGUCGGCCCUUUAAUGGUCGGCGUUUUCCAAAGGCCACCAAUCCGCUGCAGAUUCGUUAGUUAAUGACAGCCUCUUCUGCCAAUCGCCCUUCAGAAGCAGGUUUCCACCGCCCAAUAUUGGUGCGCUGGGGGGUGGGUCUAGCAGUUGCGCAGUGACACAGCGCUCUGGCGCGCCCCAUUGGCUGGAUCAAACCCAAGCGAGCCGCUGAUUGGCCGGUGCUGCCGGAGGGUUACAAUUCAAACGCGGGCGGGCGGGCCGCCGGCCCUGCAGUUGCAGUCGUGCUCUCCGAGUUCCUGUCUCUCUCCCCGCACCGCCCGGGAUGGCCUCCCAGAACCGCGACCCAGCUGCCGCCAGCGUCGCCGCCGCCCGCAAAGGAGCCGAGCCCAGCGGGGGCGCCGCCCGGGGCCCCGUGGGCAAGAGGCUACAGCAGGAGCUGAUGACCCUCAUGAUGUCUGGUGACAAAGGCAUCUCUGCCUUCCCUGAAUCCGACAACCUUUUCAAAUGGGUGGGGACCAUCCAUGGGGCAGCAGGCACAGUUUAUGAAGACCUGAGGUAUAAGCUCUCGCUGGAGUUCCCCAGUGGCUACCCUUACAACGCGCCCACGGUGAAGUUCCUCACACCCUGCUACCACCCCAACGUGGACACCCAGGGAAAUAUCUGCCUGGACAUCCUGAAGGACAAGUGGUCUGCCCUGUAUGAUGUCAGGACCAUCCUGCUGUCCAUCCAGAGCCUGCUAGGAGAACCAAACAUUGAUAGUCCUUUGAACACGCAUGCUGCCGAGCUCUGGAAAAACCCCACAGCCUUUAAGAAGUAUCUGCAAGAAACCUACUCGAAGCAGGUCUCCAGCCAAGAUCCCUGACUGUCCAGCCUCUCUCUUUGUGUUGUCUUUUUAUUUUCUCCUUAGAUAGUCUUUCUCUUCAUUUCUGUCUAGGACUCUGUAUCUUAAGCUGUGGUGUCAUUUUUGUUUUGUUUCUGUUUUUUAAAUUAAGUCUCUGGUUGAGCCCUUGUGACAAAUAUAUUAAAUAAAUACAUUGGGUUUUUUUUUA